AUGUCUUCUUCUACACAACCAGCACAGACUUCAGCUAGCCCGUCUAAAAUCACAUUGUCUGCAGAUUCGCAACUCAACGGGUUUGAAUGGUGGAGAAGAUCACUUCAAUACCAAACCGGUCUUGGUCUAACACCUUCUGAGAAAGCACAAUACGAAUACGAUUAUUUCCAUCGGAAUCUUGAUGAAAAAUGCGAUACCUGUAAGGAUCACUUGAAAUGGGUUCUUGCAUACUCGCCAUCUGUACGAUUUAUGAUGGAUCACAUCCAGAAACUCAAUAAAUCAAAUGAACCAGUACCAAGAAACAAAAUUGUGUGUCAAACAUGUGAUUUCACCAAGGGUGGAGGAUUUGAUCCAAACCAUGGAAUAGUCUUGUGCUCCAAUUACAUCCGUUCCAAAUGGCAACUCGAAGACAUUUUGGCACACGAAUUAGUCCAUGUGUAUGACUAUAUGAAAUUUAAUGUUAAUAUGCUGGAUUUGAGACAACAUGCGUGUACCGAGAUCCGAGCAUCGAUGCUUAGUGGAGAAUGUAGGGUAUGGAAUGAAAUGAAAAAAACCGGGAUGGGGAACUUUGGUAAAAAAUUCCAAGAAUGUAUACGAAGAAGAGCCGUGUUGUCUGUAGAGGCAAACCCAGUAUGCAAGAGCCGAGAAGAAGCAGAGAAGGCUGUUGAUGUUGUUUGGAAAAGUUGCUUCAACGACACCAGACCUUUUGAACGUGUAUAUAGAUAG